GUUACACUGAUAUAUUGUAUAAUCGAGGAGAUACAUUUGUAGUAUUCGGGUCUGAAUAUAUAAAUAAAUUCCAAUUAAAUUAUUUUUGUUUUUCUAUACAAUUUCAUCUGAAGCUGAAUGUUGAUUAUAUUUCCUUUUCGAAUUCAAUUUUGUUACAUUGAUCGUUCUUUAUUUUUUUUCCAUAUAACUCAAAAGCGCUAUUUAUAAAUAUAUUUGUCUUCUAAUAAUAUUUACACACGUAGUAAAGUCAGCUCUCCGAGUAGACAGUUUUUUUUUGGGAAUAAAAAAGACCUGACUACUCUUGUUUGGUUAAAAUGAUGCCAUGAAUUCCGGAAAAAGGACGUCGGGACUGUUUCUCCGUUAGAUUGAAGAAAUAAAUUAUGGGAAAAAACUAUGCACCACCCACUCAAAAGAGAGAAAAAAAAAGAAUUUAUUUCUCAAUAAAUACGUUAUCUACUAUUGUAAAUUGAAUUCAUUUGAUUAACUUAGAAUCUGGUGUUUGAUGGCUUCAACAACAGUUUAUUUAUGGCUUUCAUUCAUGAUUAUCACACAAAUAGUUGGAGAAGAUAUACGAUCAGAGGAAAUGUCUAUAAUACCUGAUUCUAAAUUUCAAUGUGCAAAUACAACCUGUUUACCAUUCAUUAGGGUUAUUACAACAGACAUUAGGAAUUGUCAAUUUGCCUGUUUAGGUCAAAGUCAAUGCAGGGCAGCAACUUUUCAUCGAUCGACUUCAAAUUGUGAAUUAUUUGACAGUAUGUUGAACCAAAAUGGAAAUAUGUUGGCUGAUGUGGAUGCUACUAGUAUGAAUGUUAUUAGUGGAACACGAUUUCCACCAGAACUGACUACGACAACUUCAACAUCAACAACAAAAACGACAUCAACAACAAAAACGACAUCAACGACGACGACAACAACAGCAAUACAGCAAUCGAUAAUGACAGGAAACAUGAGCGUCGUACGACAAGAUCACACAGCAUUUACAUUAUCAAAUGGAUUAGUAUUAGUUGCUGGUGGAUACAACGGUAGUAGUUAUGUCAAAAGUGUGGAGUUGUACAAUGCAUCAACAGGUACUUGGACAACUACAGGAAGCAUGAGUGACGGACGAUCUUUGCACACAGUAUGCAUAUUAGCAAGUGGAUUAGUAUUAGUUGCGGGUGGACAGACCAGCCCUGGUGUUUCUCUCACUAGUGCUGAAUUGUACAAUCCAUCAACAGGUACUUGGGCAGCCACAGGAAGCAUAAAUACUGCACGAUAUGAACACAUAGUAUCCACAUUAGCAGAUGGACUACUGUUAGUUGCUGGUGGACGCAACGCUGCUUUUCUCACUAGUGCGGAAUUAUACAAUCUAUCAACAGGCACUUGGACAACUACGGGUAGCAUGAAUGUCAAACGACAUCAGCACACAGUAUCCAUAUUAGCAAAUGGAUUCGUAUUAGUUACUGGUGGAUCCGACGGCAGUAAUCCUGUCAAUACUGCUGAGUUGUACAAUCCAUCAACAGGCAACUGGACAAUGACAGGAAAUAUGAAUGUCGCACGACUUUCGCACACAGCAACCACAUUAGCAAAUGGAUCCAUAUUAGUUACUGGUGGAUACAGUGGUACUGGUUCUACCAAUAGUGCUGAGUUUUACAAUCUAUCAACAGGUACUUGGACAGCCUCAGGAAGUAUGAGUGCCGCACGACGACUUCACACAGCAUCCACAUUAGCAAAUGGAUUAAUAUUAGUUGCUGGUGGACUCGACAGUGAUUCUAUCAACAGUGCUGAAUUGUACAAUCCAUCAACAGGCACUUGGACAAUUACAAGAAGCCUGAAUGUCGCACGAACUGAUCACACAGCAUCCAUAUUAGCAAAUGGAUUAGUAUUAGUUACCGGUGGAGCGGGCACUGGUAGUGUUGCUCUCAAUAGUGUUGAGCUUUAUUAA